UUUCACAUUAUAAAAAUCAAAAUUAAAAAAACAAUAUCAAUAACAACAGCAACAAUAAUAAUUUUUUAAAGAAAUAAAAACAAUAAUAGUAGUUCUAUUUACAAUUUAAAUAAAUAAACUUUAUCAAUUAGUAAUUAUAAUUAGUAUUAACAACAACAAUAAUAAAAAAAAAUGAUUGAACGUAAAGAUAAAUUCUAUAAAGAAUUUUUAGAAAAUAAUUUAUUUUAUGCCACAAUAAUAUUAAAUUUAAAUGGCGCUUCAAUAGCCUAUAAUAAAUCACCACAAAUGGGGGAGGCCGAUCAAAUUAUAAAAGGAUUUAAAAAUAUAAAGAAAUGGAACACUAUACAACUAAUGGGCGAGCAAUAUAAUAUUUAUAUCAGAGAAAAUAACAGAGUAUACGGUCAAAAUGAAAAACAUGGAUGCAUAGUAGUUAAAACAAAAAAGGCAUAUAUUAUUGGUGUUUAUAUAAAAAAAUUAGAACUUUUACCAAGGGUCAGUUAUAUGGAAAAGUUUUGUAAAACUUACGAAGAAGAAGAUAUAAUCAAAGCAGACGAAAAAGAGAAAUUUGUUUUUUAAUUUAUAAAACUUUUUAAUAAAAUAUAAAUAAAUUAUACAUAUUAAUAAA